GUGUAAGGUUUCGGAAGAGCUUACUUGUCUUAUGCGGAUGCGUUUUGUCGCAAUGUGGAUAUCGCUGUGCUGAGUUCUGUUUAAAAGUGGGGUAAAGAGAAUUGGCUAAGACCGAUAAUGCUUUUCACACAUGCGUUGGUUUUUCAUGUGAAACUAGUAUUUUAGAGUAGUUCAAGUAGAAACGGUGAUAACGGGAUGAAAGCAUAGUAAUCGACACGUUGACCAUCAAAAUAAACUGAAGCUAAUUAAACUACACUUACAGUUAAAAAGGAGAAGCACGGCCGUUAAAAAUGCUGAAAGGCAGACAAAACCAUUCACUGUAAGCACACUCAUUCAUGUGUAUCCAAUAUCCUUGCUGCGCAGAGGAAAUUUAGGAAUUGAGAUCAACGAUGCCUGUUGGAUGGCGCAUUCCUUGGAAUGGAGCUGGGGUGUCACUCUUACUUUGGAUGUUCAGUCUUAAUUUCGUUUGUGCCAACUGUGAAAAGUCUACCUCAGCCCUUACUGUGAUAGAGAGCUCGGAGCCCAGCGAUGAUGACGGCGAGGCCCACGUUGACAGUGAAGAGGACCCUGAAGACAUGAAGGUGUUUCAGCCCACGGACCAGUGGCAGACCGUCCGACCAGGUUACGCAGUGCCGGCAGGAUCCCAUGUGAGGCUCAACCUUCAGACAGGACUGCGGGAAGUGAAGCUCGGAGAAGAAGCUCCACUCCGCUACUGGAGAGAUGGUCAGAGGCAAGGCAUGGUUAACACAGAGAGCCCAUCAUUCACUGCUCAGGAACUGAAGAAGGCCCUGAAGCAAUUCAAGGAAGGAGCUGAGCCUAGCAAAAAGGACAAAGAGAAGGAGGAGGAGGAGCUCCGGGCCAAGUUCCGCCCCAUGGAGGAGCUGAAGAGAGAUAUGGAGCAGCUGGACCUGCUCGUCGAGACAGAUUUCCAGAUCAUGAGCAGGCUUAUAUCCAAGUUCAACAGCUCCAGCUCCACGCAAGAGGAGAAGGUCUCGGCCCUCCUAGACCUGGAGUACCUGGUGCACCAAGUAGACAAUGGACAGGACCUGGUGUCUAUGGGGGGGCUGAGGCUGGUGAUUGAUGCUCUGAACAGCACAGACCUGCGUCUGCAGGAGAGCGCUGCUUUCGUCUUGGGCUCAGCUGUCUCGAGUAAUCCGCACGUUCAGGUUGAGGCGGUGGAGGGCGGCGCCCUACAGCAGCUGUUGACCCUGCUGGCCACAGAGAGGCCAAUGGGUGUGAAGAAGAAGUUGCUGUUUGCUAUAGGUUCGCUGUUACGUCACUUCCCCUUCGCUCAAAGUCACUUCCUGAAGAUGGGUGGCGUACAGGUGCUCGGGGAUAUUUUCAGAGCCUCAGGGGGCGGGCCUCUACGUGUGAGAGUUAUCACCCUGCUCUACGACAUGAUCGUUGAGAAGGAGCUGAUCUCCCAGGCUGGCCUGGAUCCCAUUCCAGACGCUUCACAUCAAGAGCGCCUGCGGCAGUACGCUCAGAUCUCCCUGCUCCCCCUGCUGGCUGAGCAGGGCUGGUGCAGCCUGGUGCCAGAGAUGCUGGCCUCCCCGGAGCACGACUGGCGGGAGAAGGCCCUGCGCGCCCUGCUGGCCAUGAUGCCAAACUGCAGGCCCCAGUACCAGCAGAACCAGGCGCUUACCCACUCGCUGAGCACUCUGCAGGAGCAGUACCAGGAGCUGGCCCUCAGCGAGCAGGGCCUUGGGGAGGAGGAGGGCUACUUCGGGGAGAUCCUGAGUCUGCUCAACGCCGUGCUGCUCAAAGUGCGCUGAAUGUGGGGUUUGGGGUGGGUGUUUGGGGCACCUGUGUGCCAUAGAGGGCAAUAAAAGCUACAUUGCUGGAAA